AGAAGAUCAAAAAAGUAGAAUAUAGUUGCCUAAGCACCUAGGCAUAGUUGAUUGUUUCCCAAACCAGUAACCCAUGUGGCCCCCUUCCAUGGGGUCCAGCCUUGUAAGGCUCAAUGAUAUCAUCUGCCCCAAUUGAUGUCAUCGGCUGGACUUCCAUUGAACAUAGUAGAUAAUAAUACCCUCUCGCUUACUUUGCACAAGCUCCCUAUGGGAAACUACACACCUUAUCGAUACUCUUCCCGGUGGAUACGGCGCCAAUGAUGGAGCCAACUGUGAAUCCGACAAGCCCAAACGAUGCAGCUUCUUCUACCACUACGACUCAAGAACCAACCUAUGAUGCGCCGCGUAAUAAUUCAACGGUAUCGGAAAGUUCCCUGACGGGGGUCACGAAUGGCAUCGCCAAUGUGGCGGGAAGUUCGAUCCGUGAGGCUAAGAACAGGCUCACGACUGUGACGUCUAAUGAAUCGGUUCUGAGCGUUUGGGAGCAGGUUCGCUGGAUGGCUACGGGUAGGAACGGCGAAGAAGGGAAGCAAGGUUGGUUUAGUGGUACUUUUUCCUUCAAUGUGCUUUUGUUGGGCUGACAUUGUUCCCGAAGUAGUCGAUAC